UUUGCACUGUGGGAAAGUCACUUGCUGCGAACAACUUUCCCCCGGAUGGAUUAUGCAGUGUAGUGGCCUUUUCCAUGGUGGAGUUUUCUUUCCCACCAGCAGUACUUGCGCCAGCGGAGCCAGGCGGCCAGUUUGAUAUGUUCUUGCAAACAAUUUCUACAGGAAUCUACGAAAAAACCAAAGCGGGACUUUGUGUGAGCAGCGCAAUGAAGACCAAAUACCUCACAACGAGCAGCAUGGCAUUCCUAAGCCCUUAUGUAGGCCUAAACCUAACAUACCUGGGCGCUAUGCGUGUGGUCUCAGUGGCUGACUUCACCGCCGAGACCUUGAGGUUCUUUCAGUUGACCACUGAAUACCUAAACAGCAACUACGCCGGGAAGCAACUUUCCUACUUCGUAGGCAUCGUGCCAAGGACAUCCGGAUGGCCGAAGAUGGCUGAAGAGAUUGAAAGUGCUAUGAACUGUACAGUUCUCUUCAUUGUCGAAACUCAGGAAGCAGAUGAAGGCUACGGUUCUACUUGCCUGGUCGCAGGAACACCUUGGGAUCUUCCAAGUAGAUGCGGGCGGCCCAGCAUGAAAAGCUGGGCCGAUCAUGCUUCGGAGACAAAUUUCCAGCAUCGGUCAGUAGCUGUGCCAGUUAUCAGCCUUGGAGUCGCAGUGUACUUCAUAAAGCCUUCGCCAGGCACAGUCUACUCACUGUCAAGUUUAAAGAAACGAUCAGGCAUCAGGUCAUCGUCCAACCAUCGGGGCGCGGUGUGUGAAGCUUCCGGGUGGCUCAACCGUGGCGUUGAUCUCACGUUCAAGCAACAACUGUGGACGAGGGGCGCACCGGCGCAUUUACGCGGAGUCGUUGAACGAAGUAGCUGGACCGCCCGGAAUUACGAGUGUGCAGUGAUGGACACCCGAGAGACCUUCCUUGAAAAGGCGGCGACUUGUCAGCAGAGCAAAGCAGUGGCAGCUUUUGGUGCCGAGCUGGACAUCACGAACUGCGAUGGCCACUCUUGGGAGUUCCUGAAGUUACUGGAGGCCAAUUGCUAACAGUUGGAAGUUGUGCAUUUAAUA